AUGUUAUUACGAAAUGGUCUCCUUCUAAUUGAUAUUCCAUAUAUGUCUUUUGAUUUAAGCAAACCAAAACAAAGUAAAGAAUGUGAUGGUAUAACAUUACAGGAAUGCAAAAGUUCUGUUCCAAAUGAGCCUGAUAUCGAACUGGAUAAUGGUGAAAAAUUACAAACACAACAUCUUGAUCGACAUAAAACUAUUCGCGAAGGGAAUAAACUCAUUUUCGUGAUCCCCUUAGACAAAAAUUUCAAGGAAGAGAAUAUAAAGGUUACUGUUGUACAACGUUCAGUAUGCAUAACAAUUACUAACCUUGAUUAUUCAAUAGUGAAACAUAACUCUAAUAAAUCUGAUUCCAAACAUCUUGUCCAAAGAACAUAUUAUAAAGAAUAUGAGGCUUCUGAUUGUAUUCCUGAUCCUGAAUCAAUUAAUUUUUAUGUUGAUAAUAAUCGUCUUAUUGUUAAUUUAAACAUAACCAAAACGUCACAACAAUCUCAGAUGACAUGA